AUGUUUGGUCAAAAAUCAAAUGCUAAAAAAAGGUACGUACGUCUCCAAUCUCCAUGCAUCGCCUAUAUAAACCCUACUCGGUCCAUUUGUUUUCAGAUCUUCAUACCACUCUCGAUCUUUCUCCAACUCUUUACAAAAAAAAUGGAUUAUUCAUACAACGUUCCCUCUGAUGAUCAAAACCCUGUUGCACUACGACCUCCUUCUUCUUCUUCUUCGUAUUUGACAAGAGAUCAAGAGCAUCAGAUCAUGGUCUCUGCACUGCGACAAGUGAUAUCUAACGUCGGGAGUGACACGUCAUCACCAAACGGGAUCACCAGCGGAGCUGAUCUUCCCCUUCCGGAUGCUGGUCCCUGUCCUCUCUGCGGCAUCACUGGCUGCUACGGCUGCGCUUUCCAACAGAGGGAUGAAGAGAUAAAAAAGGAGAAGAAACACAAAGGAGUAAGGAAAAAGCCAUCGGGUAAAUGGUCGGCGGAGAUAUGGGAUCCAAGUUCGAAAGUAAGGAGAUCGCUUGGAGUGUUUCCAACGGCGGAGAUGGCGGCGCGUGCAUACGACGAGGCUGCGGCUGAGUUUAUCGAGAGAAUAUCAGCGAGACGUGGCCAAAUGAACGGACAUGGAAUUAAGCGAAGGCGGAGAUGAAUGAGAAAGCGAGAAGAAAUGUUUUGGUCGGUGUGAGAGAUGGAAAUGCUAUAUUACAAAAGAAAACAUGAUUGGGUUUAGAUAUUUUGUAGUAACAGUUGCAAGAGUGUCUUAUGCUUCUUCUAUUUGUCUGAUUCUCUCAUAUUUCGGGUCCUGGAUCCAUUCCCCCAAGUUGGAUAUAAGAUGUAGCUUUGAAAAACAAGAUUGGGUUAGAUAUUUUUCUUGUCCUUGUGGGGCACAAAUACUUUGCUC